AUGGCCGCCAUGUUCAGCCAGAACCCGGCUACGGAAGGUCCCGGCUACUCCUUUUCCGAUGCUCUCAAGGCCAACGGCGAGCCGAGAGAGCACCGCUUCAACCCCUACACCGACAACGGCGGCUCCACGCUCGGCAUCGCAGGCGCCGACUUUGCCAUCAUGGCCGGUGACACGCGCCACACGAGCGGAUACAGCAUCAACUCUCGCAUGGCUCCCAAGGUGUUCAAAGUCGGCGGUUCCACGUCCUCCCAAGAGGAUGCCACGAUAGUCCUGUCGGUGUGCGGCUUCGCUGCCGACGGCGCAGCCCUGCGUGACCAGCUGGACACCGUCUGCAAAAUCUACCGAUAUCGCCACGGCAAGCCCAUGACGCUGAAUGCCUGCGCUAAGCGUCUGUCCACGAUCCUCUACCAGAAGCGCUUUUUUCCCUACUACGUCACCGCGAUGCUGGGCGGGCUCGACGAAGAUGGCAAGGGAGCCGUCUACUCGUACGACCCGGUCGGCAGCUACGAGCGUGAGCAAUGCCGCGCAGGGGGCGCGGCAGCCAGCUUGAUCAUGCCGUUCCUGGACAACCAGGAGCGAGAACGCCACCCGCUGUCGCGGUCAACAGUGGAGACGCUUGUCAAGGAUGCGUUUGACGGUGCCGCGGAGAGGCAUAUUGAAGUCGGCGACGCCCUGCAGAUGAUGAUCAUCACCAAGAACGGAAUCGAGGAGACUGUCUUGCAGAUGAAGAAGGACUGA